CGACGCCGAGCGUCCGCGAACGCAACGCGUGCAAAGUUUCAGCGUGAUAUCGAUAGCGACGGGAGUUCAUUCGAUUUCAUUAGUAUCCGUUCGUGUGCUCUGCUUUAUACCUUUUUCGAUUUCGACUCUUUCGUUCUUGCGGACAUGUGAGGUUUUUUAUUUUCGCUCUCGAGGACGUAUCUCGCUCUGUUCUGUUGGGUGAUGUGGCAGCCGGCAGUUUGUACAUAAUUGUAAAAGUGCGCUGUACAUACUGAAAAAGUAUUUUUUUUUUGGCAAACACUCUCGGCAGUAGAGGAAACAAGUGCAAUAGAAGGGGAUGAUCUCGAUUGCAGCGCCGCAGUCCACGCGAGUCUGACCUGUUCGGGACGAGAGGUAGAGAGUCGAGUAACGAACAAGAUAGCCCCUGACUGACCUGGAGAAUCGAGAGGCUGCAGAUUGCUGCUGUGCGCGAUGGACCGGCAUUGCUUCGAUCACAAUCGCAACGUCAUAUUAGGCCCGAGCGCGAAGCGUCGCGACUGCAGUAACAAGAAGCCCGAAUCGGCAGCAGCCACGUGGUUCGAGUCUGGCAGGAGUACGACAACCACGACCACAACGAUGACGAGGUCGAUGCCUCGCAAGAGGAGACUCUCAGCCGCAAUCAUGGCUCUGUUCACUGGCACGUGGCUCGUCGCGCUGUUCGCGGCAUCGGGGAACGUCGCUGCCGCCGCCUUCACUACCGCCUCGACAGUUCUGGAGCCGGAGUUCGUGAAAGAGAUCGGCAACAUCACGGUGCCGGCUGGCCGAAGCGUCAAGCUCGCCUGCACAGUCAAGGAUUUAGGAACGUACAAAGUCGCGUGGAUGCUGUUCGACCAGAGCGCUAUUUUGACGGUGCACAAUCACGUUAUCACGAGGAAUCCGAGAAUAUCCGUGUCGCACGACAAGCAUCGGACUUGGUACCUACAUAUCAACGAUGUACAAGAGGAGGACAAGGGGAGGUACAUGUGCCAGAUUAACACUGCCACUGCGAAAACGCAGUACGGAUACCUGCACGUUGUCGUGCCACCCAACAUUGACGACUCGCAAAGCUCAUCGGACGCUAUUGUUCGCGAAGGAGCCAAUGUGACGCUCACGUGUAAAGCGACCGGCAGCCCACCGCCCAGUAUUCGCUGGAAAAGGGAUGACAACAAACAGAUCUCAAUUAAUAAGACGCUUUCAGUGAACGAAUGGAUCGGAAGUACACUGGAGAUGACGCGGAUCUCGAGGCUCGACAUGGGCAACUACCUCUGCAUCGCGAGCAACAGUGUGCCGCCCUCGGUCAGCAAGCAGAUCAAGGUGUCCGUCGACUUUCCACCCAUGCUCUGGAUACCGCAUCAGUUGGUCGGCGUCCCUCUUGGCUACUCGGUCACCCUCGAGUGCCAUACGGAGGCUCAUCCGACGUCCUUGAAUUAUUGGACGCGAGACGAUGGGGUAAUGAUCCACGAGGGCAGGAAAUACAAGGUUCUGUCUACGCCGGAGAAGCCUUCGUACAAGACCAAUAUGACCUUGACCAUUGUUGAUGUCGAGAAAUCCGACUUUGGCAGUUACAAGUGCGUAGCGAAAAAUCCGAGGGGCGAGACCGAGGGCACGAUUCGACUUUACGAAUCCGCACCGCCGAGCACCAGCCCCAGUCCGGUCACCACGGAGGAGCCCAGCAAAGAAUGGGAAACCUCGUCGGAGCUGAACAACUCGGUGUACGGCAACCCGAGUUCGCUGACCAUUCACAACGACAAGAAGAAAGGAAAUAAACAGCAAUCGAACCUGAAUGAAAUCGGAAAGUCCGAGCAAAAGGCGAAUGAUCUGGACAAAAAACGCAACUUGGAUUGGGGUAUCCACAACGCCUCGUCAGUGCAAGCGGUGAGGACGACGAGCUCGGUGGUGGCCUCGACACUGAUAUCCUUGCUGCUGGUGUCCGCCUGGAUCGUCCGAUAAGCCGUGUAGCGGUGCUUGCGCUUGCUCUUAAACGAGGCGCACUUGCUACUCCGCAGACGUGAUAAUGUGCAAAAGCCGGAGCAGCAGAAGCCAGCGAUUACCGCAACACACCGCAUCUCUCGUAAUCGUCGUAGUGAGAAACAAGGGGAAGGGGAGCGCCCGGAGGAAAAGGAAAAUUAAAACUGUAGCCAGCGACAUUUCGUGUAGUUAUAACGUUCGAACGCUUGUGCCGAGAUUCGCUAGACGAAGGCACUGGCGACAAGUCGCUAGAUUUAUAGAGCCAGUGGAGAUGAGCCGCCGAGAGAAAGAGAGCAAAAAACGAAGCCUUUAUUAAAGUAGAAGUGUAAGAUGACACAGCGUGACGAAAUACGACACGUGGAAACUGAUGCAGACGAGACCUAAUCGCUUUCGAUGUAACAUAUUACGCAUAAAUGCAACGACGGUAAGCGAUGAUAAUUACUGUGUAAAAUUUCGCGUCCUUCGCGUCGCUCGUUCGCCUGCGCGCCUGUUUGUGUAUGCGCGUGAACGCGGGAAGCAUUCUAUUAUUUUUUUGGGGAUGAAGUGACGCUUCAGUCGGUAUACAUGUAGCUUACACUGAGAAAAAGUUUUUAUUAUGUAUAUAGGUACAUAAAUUCGGUACGAACUUGUUGUCGUCUCUUUGAUGUUGAAUAUGUAUACAGGGACACUUUUAUUGUCGUUGAAGAGAUACACCCGUUUUAAUUUGAAAACACAAAUGAUGAUUUAUUUAUUUAUGCAUUUGUCAUACCGAACGUGAGAGCUAAUACAAUAUUCAACAUUGAACAGGGCUGACGUGUUUUUUUACGACCCAAUAAAUGUAACUACAGUAUAUUUUAAAACAAUUGCUCAGAAUCGAUGCACCGAUUUCACCUGUAAUAUCGGUAAAACUUUUUCCCUGCGCGACAAGCCAUUGAAAGGAUAAAUCAUUGAAAAUUGUAAUCUGAAAUUGUUUUUCGUAAUUUGCUGUCGAUUCCAUUCAUAUGGUAAUGCACUGUGAAAAGCCAAGCGAGAAUUUUGAUUUUGCGAAAGUGCAUGUUUAUAAAGUAUAAAAAAGCGGUGAUCGAGCGUUCAAUGAUGAAAACCAGUUCUGACAAAAAAACGAUUAUGUAGUUUUACUGGAUGUUACAGUGUGAAUUCUACGAUACGUGUAGGUACGCAAGCGCAUUUUCAACGUAGAAACAUUUUAUACGAUUUGUCUACCCAAUCAGAUUUUUUUCUCAAUAGGGUAGAACAUAUUUUUGAACAAUGCGCGCUUCAAGUUAUACCAUUGAACAUCAAAAUACAAAAAACAGUUAUCAAUAAUCGUUAGUACCCUACUCGUAGUGUAAUAUAGGGAAUAUCGAAUGAACAUAUUACAAAAAUAUUAUAUUCGUUUCAUAAGUAACGAACCCGAAUCGCACCAGGUUUAUCCCAUAACCAACCGGAUGCAUAAUACGUGCUCCAGUGCUAAAAUCGUAAUAAGGACAGGACCCUUUUUAUGGGUAGAGCGCGAAUAUGCUUUUAAGUUAAUUAAUCUAGAAAAGUAACGAACUGCACACGGAAUAUAUUUCUAAAGCAACUUUUAUUGUAUUUAGAUAAAUUACGAAAAUGAAUAUUGACAGAUAAGCUGGAAUGUGGAAUAAUCCCCGGUAUAGCCAUGAAAUACCCAAUCAAUAACACAGAGUCAAUAUUUGGAGAUGAGCUCUUUUACGUUGCUUUUUGUUUCGUUGUAAAAAUAUUCCGCGUAUGAAUGAAUCACUUUAUUGCCGAAACGCUUGGGAGAUUCUCAUGAAAUAAUAACUAACCAAUACUUAUGGGAUGACAAUUGAAUAAGCAAAAUCCUAAAACUUUUUACGCAAUCAAGUACCAUUCUGCAACUGUAAAUAAAGUACACACGAUAAGCCAAAGCGUCAUCAUUGACGAGAAAAAUUUUGAGUCAAAGCAUCUCUUGCCCGCAUAAAUAAUAGCCGCCAUGAAACUAUUAUCGUCGUUCCCAUAGCAGUACAAAAGCCUGCCGAAUUAAUCCUCGCGCGAGCUUUCCUUUUUUCUUCGCGCAGCACGGGCGCAAAUACGACACAAUAUCGCCGGCAUACGAAUGCGCGUCGUCCAAAGAGAGAAAUAAAAGGAAUAGCGAAAAAGUCUCGAAUGAGAGGGAGAGAGCGAGAGAGAAUCGAGUAGCAGAAAGGACAUUUCGACGCCUCGUCCACCGCCUCCCUCCCAAUUCCGUCGCUUUAAUUCUCGAGUCUCGCUCCACCCCCUAUGCCUCAUCCCAUUCGAACAGAAUCGCUAGAUCCCAUCUGGGUACUUCAGAUUGAAACGUCAGAUUCGCACUGGAACGACGACGAGGCGCCGCGAGAAGGAAGGGGGUCGCGCUCGCGCGCGCGCGCGCGGGAUCGAAUAUUAAAAAGUCGAAUAUUAUAAUUUGUAAAAGUCCUCGGUAGCGCGGGUUGGGCGAUAUGAAAAAAAAAAGAAGAAGAGAAGAAGAAGUAGAAGGACGACGGCUAAAAAAGAAAAGCUCGUCGGGAGCAGCCGGCGAGUAUAAAAUGCUUCCCUCGCACCUACACUCCCCCGCGCCUUUUUCGGCGUGGAGCGCGAUUGCAUAAUAAUACCGUCAAAGAAGGUCGUAAUUUUUGUCCUCCCUCGCAGUGAGGGGGAUGAGGUAUUAUGGCGGAGUGAUUUCGCGUUCCGAUAAGUUCGAGCGACUUAUCCGAUGGCACGAUUUUUAUGCUCUCCCGCGGUUGUAAUGUAUAUAUAGAAGCGCGCGAGAAAGGAAGAGAGCCCGUUGGAUGUAUAAUGAGAAUCUUUUAUGUCGGAUGGUGUUUGUGCUUUAUUUAAAGCGCCUCGCGGCUGCGUUAAAGAGAUUGGAAUUCUCCUUUAUCGGCCUAUUUCUCCGAUUUCGAUAUCGAGGCAGCAGCCAGUGGAACAUAAAUUUUAAUGAGACACGCCGUCGCGUCGCGGCUCGAAAGCAAUUUGUAAUACCUCCUCGCGCGCCCUCUCUCUCUCUCUCUCUCUCUCUCGCUCCUCUUCUCUUUUUUUCCUGCAGAUGCCCGAACGAAAUUGCCCGAAAUUCAUGCAAAUCGGCCUGGAUUACAAUGUAAAAUGUGUCACUCGGGGUCCGCGCGCUCGUCGGCAAAAAUUAAAUUCGCCAAACUUCCGCGCAGCCGCUUCUUCUCCCCCUCUUCCGCGACACCAUCAAGACACGUGUCGUGCAGCGUUAAACGAAUUCAGCUUUUAUGCGGAAUUAUGCAUAAUGUGCGCCGUCGUCGCGAGUCUCUCUACUUUGCGUCGGAAUGUGUGCGUGUGCGCGUGUGUACGAGUAUGAGAGCAACAGGUUCAGCAGAGCGAAGCGAAAGAGAGAGAGAGAGAGAGAGAGAGAGAGAGAGCAAGUAAGAGGCUAAGGCUUUGCGAUGGAUUAAGGACGGGAGGAAGGACUCUUGAGGCUUACACAGAUUUACCGCUGAGAUCUCCGCGGUAAUCGUGUCGCUAAAGCACGCGAAUCGCUGCUUUUCCUCCGACGCUUCUUGCUUUCCUGCAGGCGGCGACGACUCUGCAUUGCACGCGUUCGUUGCAAACGACUUGCACGGGCAAAUUGUUUCACGAAUUGUAAUGUGCGUCGAGAGUUGAAUCGUGGAAUUGAAUUGACGCGAUGUGGAAGGUCAAUUUUUCACUUUAUUAAGAGUAGGAGAAAGCUUAUGGAUAUUAUUUUUCUGGCUUAAUUUUGUUAAAAAAAUGCAGAAAAUGUAAAAAAAAAAUAAUAAUAGUGAACGAGAGGAACGAAAUAAUUCGAUUUCUUUUGUGUGGAUUUCAUUUUGUCGAGAGUUGAAUACUUCUAUAUAAAACGGAAGAUUUUGCCGCAAUCACAAUUUUCGAUACGAUUACACGCAUUUUUAUACUAUACACAUUUUAGAGUCUACAGGUGAAAUUUCUUUGUAAAUUUUAAAAUAUAUUUGACGGAAAUGUCAAAUAAACAAAUCAAAAUGUGAAAAACGGUUUAGCUUUAAAAACAUUUCAGACAUUACAGUGCUGUCAUUUGCGAUAAAUAGCGGCUUCUUUUUAAUUUUUUUGAAAUUCAUAAAUUGGUGGAUCAAUAUGUUCUCAUCAAUUUGUAUACGUUAUUAUCAAGCUAAUAUAUUUUUAAAAAAUACGCGUUAAAUUUAACAUACAUGAAUGUUGUUUUAAAUUAAUUUUACGGUGAUUAAUUGUAAAACACUUAUAUUGUAUGAUGUAUAAAACGCAAAAUACAUUAUUAUAGUAGUGUAUUUGCCGUUGUGUAAAGCUAUAAGAUGUUUUAUGUCUAUUUAUAAGUUCACGUUUUCUUCGUCGCGUGCAGAUAUUAUUUUCAAAAAUCCAAACAUUUUGCGUUUGUCACUUUGUCAAUAAUAUCUGUACAAAUAGUAGCAUAUUAGUAAAAAUUAUAAAAAAAUGAGUUAUCUUUUGGAUCGUAACACUCGAGAACUUGCGAAAUUAAAAAAAAAUAUUGUCUUAUUAUGAUUGACGAGCACUUGCUAAGAGUGUUUCUUAAUUUUAUUAAGAUGCAUUUGUAACGUUAAUUUUAUAAUAAAAACUGUUAUUGUUAUUGAUUAAAGAAAAAAAAGGAAAAAAGAUGGAUGCGAGCGGCGUGAAAUACGCGCGUCAAAAAAAGCAAAUAGCUACGUAAAGGACGCGAAGAAACUUUGUAAAUACAGGAGUAAAUAUAUAAAAUAUAAAUAUAAGCCGUAGUUUACAGUGCGACGAGGAUAACCCAAAUAAGAUACAUGAAAAAAAACGACGAAGCCUCUGAUGGGGUUAUUUUGAAUGCUGCUGGUUGAGAAGAACGAAUUAAUCUAACAAUACUUGACCGUCUAGUCUUAAAGAAGCACUUCACAAGAACGAAUUAUUGCGAAGGUAUACAUGUAUACAUAUAUAAAUACAGAAAAUAUAAAUAUAUAAAUAUAAUAAUAAUAAGGCUAACAGGGAGAAACAAAACAAACUAUUGGAUAACGAAUAUCACAAUGUUACACGUUACACACAAUGUAUUAUUAAACACUGUAUAUCUAUGCUUUGCAGCGUUGAGUUGAAUGUUGUUACCCGAAUCCGAAUGUGAGAGACUGUCGAGAGAUUCCUAUGUGAUUAAUUGACAUCGGAUAUGUAAUAAAAAAUAUGCGAGAAUGCUAUUCUCGCAAAACGAUAAA